CGGAGGCCGGGGGUGAAACGAGUGAGCGUGGGGAGCGGUGGUGCAGCGGUUAGCGCUGCGCGGCUCUACGAACCAGGGCAAAGUCCCGAGUUCGAUUCCCGCUCACGGCCACCACCAACACCACUCAGUAGGCGACGAUUAUCUGAACCGGUCCUGGGCCCUCCCCUAGGUCGACUCGACCUCAAAUGAUGAAUGGCAUCACACGUUGAGUUGGCAUUCAUCAAACAAGAAAACGAUGAAACGCCAAGCCCGAGGAUGUAUCCUGACGUGACGGUGAAUCGUGACUCUGGACCAGGCAUCAAGGAAGAAGAUGAUGGCAGUCUGGGCACUGAGAAAAUGAAGAUUGUGGUGAAAACGGAAGUGGACGAAGAUGCUCCAGAUGUGAAGAUUGUUAAGGUUGAAGGAGCUGGUGAGAGGCCAGAGGAGACAGGGGAUUCCCACGGAUGUCUGGUCACUUCAGACCAGAACUUCAUCGAAGUUCAGUUAUCGGAGGAGGACGUUGGUGAAGCAGAUGAAGCAAAUGAAACAGAACUUCUGUGCGAGGACUGCGGGAAGGGCAAUGGCUUGGAAAUAAAGACAGACAAAGCGGAAUGUACAAGCAACAAGAUCCCGCAAGCCUGCAAGCAGUGCGGGAAGACACUUGAAGGCAUCGCGUUGUGCAUGGCAGUGGCUACCGAUGGGAGGAAGCACGUUUGCAAGGAGUGUGCCAAGGGGUUUACAUCACGUUUUGAUUUAGAAACGCACAUGAGAACACACACCGGUGAGAGGCCGCACGUGUGCAACGAGUGUGGGAAGGGGUUUACAAAGCGUUCCACCUUAACCACGCACGCUAUAUCACACACGGGCGAGUGGCCGCACGUGUGCAAGGAGUGUGGCAAGGGAUUUGCACAACUUUCUGAUUCAGAGAAACACGCAAGGACACACACCGUCGAAAAGCCGCACGUGUGCCACGAGUGUGGGAAGGGAUUUGCAACGUGCUAUACCUUAACCACGCACGCUAUCUCACACACGGGCGAGUGGCCGCACGUGUGCACAGAGUGUGGAAAGGGAUUUGUACAGUGUUCCGAUUUAGAGAAGCACUCAAGAACACACACAGGCGAGAAGCCGCACGCGUGCAAGGAGUGCGGGAAGGGGUUUGCACGAAGUUCCACAUUAAAGGAGCACAUUAGAACACACACGGGCGAGAAGCUGCACCGGUGCAAGGAGUGUGGGAAGGGUUUUUCGAAGCGCUCUAAAUUAGCCGCACACACUCCAUCACACACUGGUGAGUGGCCACACAUGUGCAUGGAGUGUGGAAAGGGCUUUGCACAACUUUCCGAUUUGGAGAAACACUCGCGAAUACACAGCGGCGAGAAACCGCACGUGUGCAACGAGUGCGGGAAGGGGUUUACGAACCGCUCUAACUUGGCUGCCCACUCCAUUUCACACACUGGCGAGUGGACAUACGUGUGCAUGGAGUGUGGAAAAGGAUUUACGCACCGUUCUGAUUUUCAGAAACACACGAGGAUACACACGGGCGAGAAGCCGUACAUGUGCAAGGAGUGUGGGAAGGGCUUUUCACAGCGUUCCAAUUUGGAGAAACACGCGCGGACGCACACUGGAGAGAAGCCGCACGCGUGCCAGCAGUGCGGGAAGGGCUUUGCACAGCGUUACAAUUUGGAGGCACACGUUAGAACACACGCCUCUGAGAGGCACCACGUGUGCACGAAAAGUGGAAAGGGGUUUUCAAAGCGCUCUGCCUUAACCAAGCUCUCUUUAUCACACAAGGGCGAGUGGCCGCACCUGUGCAAGCAAUGCGGAAAGGGUUUCGCGCAACUUUUAGAUUUGGAGAACCACGCAAGAACGCACACGUCCGGCGAGAAGCCGCACGUGUGCAAGGAGUGUGGGAAGGGGUUUUCGAAGCGCUGUAACUUGGCCGCACACUCCAUAUCACACACUGGCGAGUGGCCGCACAAGUGCUCGGAGUGUGGAAAGGGAUUCACACAUCGUUCCAGUUUAGAGAAGCACACAAGAACGCACACCGGCGAGAAGCCGCACUCGUGCCAGCAAUGCGGGAAGAGCUUCGCGCAACGUUACAAUUUGGAGGCACACGCGAGAACGCACACCGGCGAGAAGCCCCAUGUGUGCAAGGAGUGCGGGAAGGGGUUUUCCUAUCGCUACAAUUUAGAGAUACACACUAGAACACACGAUGUGGCGUGAACAUUCUAAAAGGAGUUUCGUCUCUCGAGAGAAAAGGUGGAUAAUAUGCAAUGCUCUUGUCCUACCAUGUACGUGGAAUAUUUCUGACCGCAAGGUUGUUUAGAGACGUUCGUUCGCUGUAACGAUGGCAUUUUUUGUGUUUUAUCACAUGUAGGUGUGUACGUUGGACGUCUAUCGCACCUUACAUCGCGAACUGUGCUAAUGUAUCGGGGAAGACCACGUGAAUGCUGCCAUCUUCCCCAUUUUAUUAAUAGAAAUAUUUAUCUUUUACGUAUUUAUUUGUAUUGAUUUUUGCUUACCUUUCGGAUACUUUGCACUCCUAUCGUGUUUUUUUUCAACAGUUUUACUUAACUUGAUUCCUGUUUGUCGUGGUCAAAUCUUGUGA